UUCUUGACGCUUUUAACCUGGGAUCGCGAGCCUGUCUGCUAUUUCUCUGAAACACCGCGACAGUAUACAAGUCACACGAAUCAGCUUCGGAAACACGAAAAAAGGACACGACGCGAUAUUCCUUAACAAGUAACGACAGCGCCAUGCUAUCAUUCCUGGCCCUCCUCGUCGUCAUCACCGCAGCUAGCAGAGUCGAGUGCUCCUGUCUUGAAAUAUCGUCAGAUGGCACCACCGAUGCAGGAUGCGCAUUCAAUGAUACGACACUUCAAGUAGGACAAGUGGUCACGAGCCUACACCCAGAGUGUAUGUCGUACACGUGCGUUAGGACCAAUGUGAUCCGGAAGUGCGGAAUAGGGUAUAACGAUGACAAUUACCCACGCCUACCACUAAUGGACUCUCCCGACGUGACCUGUACGGAGACACAAAAUCCGGACUGUACUGUUAACAUGGUUUGUGUGGGCACGCCCGUAUUUGCUUCUUCAGAUAUGGAAACCCCCAACGGAUCAUUCUAAAUGACUAAUAAAUUCAUUAGUAAUGC